GCAACAUAACCUGUCCGUCGUGGCGCGAAAAAGUAUGAACCUCUGUGGUGUAAUGUCUUCUAGGAAUUGCUAAAUCGAAGGAAAUUACUUGCUCUUUUGAAUACUGAUUGUGUUGAGAAUAAAAAAUCCGUCGACAUGAAAUGCGUUGUACCCGGAGGAAAUGUAAAGAUUUUGGCAAAAGCUGUAUAUAUGUUGGCCAAGAUUGGGGAUGAGUUAUAUGUGAAUCCACAGCAAGAAUCCCUAUCCUUCCGUACUGUCAACAUGGCAAAAUCAGCAUAUUCUAACUUUACAUUUCACAAAAAUUUCUUCUCUUAUUAUGCUCUGGGAGAUUUGGAAGAAGAAGAAACAUUGAAGUGUAAAAUAUCUAUGAGAAGUGCCAUGACUAUUUUUAAGGGCGCACAUGCAUUAGACAAGCUUGUGGAGACCUGCCAUAUUAAUCUGGAAAGAAAUGCUUGCAAUCUAGUAUUUAUCUUGAAGUAUAGAAAUGGCAUUAACAAGUCCCACUUGUCACCUAUCUUGGAAGAUGAAAAGUUGCAAGCAUCAUAUAGUAAGGCUGGUAUGUCUAACGAACUGACAUCACGCCCUCGAAUAUUGAUAGAUGUCUUGCAGAAUUUUCAGCAGAAUUUGAUUGAAAUAACACUUGAGGUAACACCACAAAAGUUGUUGCUAAGAAAUUAUGUGGAUGACGCUUCAGUUUUACAAAAUACUACACGCACGCAGUUGGCUCUCAGUGUUGGAGAAUUCGAUCGUUAUGUAAUAAGCAAUGAAACGGUUAUUACAUUCUGUCUAAAAGAAUUUAGAGCUUUGCUCACUUUUAGUGAGAGCGUAGGUAUUCCAGUUAGUACACAUUUCGAAACUGCAGGAAGACCAGUGCUGUUUGCCUUGAAGAGUCAAGGUUUCGAAGUGAAUUUGUUAUUAUCAACUUUGAGCCCAGAUAACGACGCACGAUCAGACACCUCGACUGUUAGUAGCCAUGUACAGUCUGUUCGUAAGAAGUCAACUUCGAGAUGUAAAUCGUCUUCCAAAAGCAGCAGAUCUACGAGUCGGGCAAAGAAGUCUACUGUUUCUACCAACCUCACAAUCAAUAAUAUAUUUAAGAGGCGAAGUACAGAUGAAACAAAUGAGGGAAAUAAUACACUUAAUCCAAUUGAAAACAAUAUUCCUACGAUAGCGGAAACGAAGAAUCCCAUAAAAAACGUACUGGAGAGGAAUGAAGCCGAGCCGGAACAGAGUCGUUUAUUUGCUAUCAGUCCUGCUAGUACGACGUCGUUAACGACUCAUAAGAGAAUCCCGGAAAGUCACAGGAAACUAGUGAGUUCGGUAUUCUCCAACAUCGCAAAGCGAAAGUCUACAAACGAUAACGAGGACUUUUGCAAAGAAGAAAACGCUAUCGCAGACUUGGACGAAAGUAUACCAGGCUCACCACCGCGUCAAAAGGUAGCCAAGAGAGCCAAACUGGUAUUUCAAAAAUGCUUUCAAACCACCUUCGACCCACGAAUGCUGCCUGGCCACGAUACAAUCGUGGUGGAGGAUUCUGAUGAAAAUAAUAGCGACUGAGUCAGAAGUCUUUGGGCCUUAUAUCCUUUUUCUCUUUUUCGUUUCUUCUUAUCAACUGUGUUGAGCAUAAAUCAAUAUGAUCAGUAUUGCCCAAUGUUAAACUUGACAUGGGACUAAAUGAACAGAAAGUUAAUUUGUUUUAUGUAGAAACAGACAGUGCUCUUUGUAGAGAUCAAUACGUUAAUUUAUAUAAAAAGAGCAUAUAUUAUAUAUUUUAUGA